GGGCCUGGGCCGGGGAGGGAGCUGAAGGGCCGUGGUUCCAGCAUGGGUGAAGGGGAGUGGGGCCGGGGGGUCUUGGGCCGCUCUGGGCGCUGGGUGGGUCUGCGGGGCUGGCGGGCCGUGGUCCUGGGUCCAGGCCGGGGGUAUGACCGUGGUUGGUGUCCCCCGAACCCGCAGCGCGGCCCGUCCUGUCCUCGCCAUGAGGCCGCAGCAGGCGCCGGUGUCCGGGAAGGUCUUCAUUCAGCGAGACUACAGCAGUGGCACCCGCUGCCAGUUCCAGACCAAGUUCCCCGCGGAGCUGGAGAACCGGAUUGAUCGGCAGCAAUUUGAAGAAACAGUUCGGACCCUAAAUAACCUUUAUGCCGAGGCCGAGAAGCUCGGGGGCCAGUCGUAUCUGGAAGGCUGCCUGGCUUGUCUAACAGCGUACACCAUCUUCUUGUGCAUGGAAACUCACUAUGAGAAGGUCCUGAAGAAAGUCUCCAAAUACAUCCAGGAGCAGAAUGAGAAGAUCUACGCCCCCCAAGGCCUCCUCCUGACAGAUCCCAUCGAGAGAGGACUGCGAGUUUUUAGAUUGAAAUUACCAUUUAUGAAGACAGAGGCAUGAGCAGUGGAAGAUAAACCAUAGAAUUAAAGAUCCCACCUCCAGCUGGGACCCUCACCUGUCCACCGGCCGACCGCAGAGUGUCCCCCCUACCUCCUCUCCAGAGCAUCAUUCCUUCGUAUCUGCUGCCAGAGCCACGGUGCCAUUCACUCCAAGGACUGACUUUCUAAAAUUCCGCACCUGGAGUGACCUCUAGUCGCUCAGCAUCCACUUUGUGUCUCCAAAUCGUGUAGGACUCUGCAAUCUUUUGAUCAGUUUCUGAGAAAACGCGGUGAAGCAUUUCACUUUUUUCAUUCAAAGCUAUUAAAAAAUAUGCAGUUGGUCAGCCCCACACAGUUUAUUUCUGACCUGCCACCAGUACCAGUCAUUCUCAUCAUUCCUCGGGCUUCAGCAAGUCACUUCCUAGCCAAUGUUCAGUCUUACUCCCCCCAGAUUCGUGAAAUGCUUUUCUCCAGGAUUUUGGUGAAGGGUGGGCUGGGUCUGGUUUUGCUAACACAUCGCCCAGAUUUCAGAGAACUACCAGUUUUGCUGUGACUCAAAGCUUAAAGAUCUAGUUCUGCUGUUUAAUUUCCCAAACUGAAGCUCAUUGGAAAAAUAAUGUAUUAUGUUACUUGUUUUAUUACAGCAAUUUCCUAAUUAAAGCAGUAUUUAAUGCAUUUUCCAGGUUUGGUUUUUUUUUUUUUUUUUUUAGAAUUCUAUUAUUACUGCAUCACCUUGAACAUUGGGAAGAUGUGGUAUGUGUAGCUUGUUCCUUAUAAAAAUAAGUAAGCACAAUAAAGUGGAUGCUAAACCAUCAAACUCAAAUGUCCCUGCUGUGUCCCUGAAUGUGUAAUGAGCAAGUGUAAUAAAUAUUUUAAUUAUAGUUUUGUUAUAAAUGUAACUUAAGAGAAAAAAAAAUUUGAUAGGAAUAAUACUGUAUAUUGCUAAUUUUUAACUAUCCCUACUGGCAGUCCUUAUGAUCCAUAGACUUUAUCAUAUACAGUAUUCCGUGCACAGAAACAUGUAUGGUUGGUUCAAGUUCAGUAAGAUAAGUGAUUUCCAGCUAAAACUGUCGAGUUCUGAGUCACUGUUUGGAGUUCUUUUUUUGGCUGUAUGUUCUCAGCAUUGGGACUUCCCAUACCCUUCACCAUUGGGGUUUGAGAGCACUGUUUUGGGGAGAAGGAUAAGACAUGUAUUAGGAGAGAAUGAAACAGUUAAAAGUUUUACUUUCAGAGAUGUUGUAGGUGCUAAUACUGGAUUUAACCUUUCAGAUUUAAUUUCUUUUAUGAGUCUGUUAGUUAUUCAGUAAAUCCCAUAGUUCUAUGUAAUAUUUUAAUUGUAUAACUUGUUACUUUAUAAUAGCCUAUAAUAGUGUGUCUGUCUGCCUUUUCAACCCGUUGCAAUAACUUUGCUGAAAUAUUAACACAUUAGUAAAACUUUUCUUAAACAAA